GCGCUCCUGACAGGGAGGAGCCUCAACUUGUUUCUGUAAUCUGCAGUGAUAUCAUAACCCUGCAACAUGAAGGUGCGCUCAUGUGACAGCCGCUCAUCCCCGUCCUCGGGCUGGACUCAGGUGCAGUAAAAGGGGCUAACCAGUUAGCAUGGGGAACAAAAGGAGGAAGGACGCCAGCUGAGCUCCUGCACCAGACCAGAAAAACAGAAAUGGCUCAAUCAGUGAGACGGCCGGAGACGUUAGGAGCCGUCAACCUCAAACCUCAGGCGGAUAAAACCAGGAGCGGCUACUUCUGCAACGUGAAGAGCAGGUUAGGAUCCAAGCUGCCUGCUGGUGUUUCUCAGCCUCCACGGUUUGCGAAGCCUCCCUGGGAGAAUCGACCUCAAUCCCACAUCAUGCAGAACGCCGCGGCCGGCGCUGCGCAUAGCAACGACCCCGUUGCCGUGGGCCGACCCCUUGACCAUGUCCCCCACAUCAGGAACCCAAAGCUGAGGCAGUACUACCUGCAAGGAACGGUGUGGGAGCUAAGCAACGCCGUAGUGACUGCGGAGCGCGUUGGUUUACCAGCAGAUGGCAGCACUGGUCUCCCCGGGGACACGGUGUUCAGCGUUUCGUCUACGUUCAACAGCAGCGAUGGAUCCUCAGGGGACAAGAGCAAAACUUCAACACAACUCAGCUCUGAUACCAACGUAAUAAAAGAGCAGCUGGUCUCGAAGAGAAAGGACGCCUCUGUCAGUGGGAAAUCCUCUCAGCUUGAACUGGACUGCAGGUCCAAGGAGAAACCGGAGGCAGAUGCAGAUCAGGACUGUUUGGAUUCGCUCCCGGCUCAGACUCCGUCCCCCUCUCCAGAGGCUGAAUAUGACAAACUUCUUGAUGUGGAGGCGGUGCCGCUGCCAGAUGGGCACCUCUGCCUUCUGGCUCUCCCUCCGGAGUGCUGCCAGGGCGAGCGCCCAGCUGCCAUGUUAUAUCUCAAACUGUUCUGCCGUUACAUCACCGACGGAAAGGGUGUGGUUUCUGGUAUCCUGGUGGUGACGCCCACUAAAAUCUUCUUCGACCCAUCCAAAACCCAUCCGCUGGUGACGGAGCACGGCUUCGAGGAUUACCUUCUGUCUUGCGCUGUUGACAGUUUGGCGUCCGUCUCCUUCUUCUCUGAUGUUUCACACAUUCACUUCAGCGCCUCCCAGCAAAGAAGGAGAGGAAAAGCAAAGAACAUAUUCCAGAAGCUCAAAUCCACCAAGAGCCAUGGAGGCAAAAAGCCGGAGGAUUCCCCCCCGGCGCUGGUUUCUGCGGCUCCGUCGCUGCUGCCCAGUCCCACCCUGAGCCUCACCAACCAGGUUCCCCAGCAGGACGAGGCGGACAGCAGAGACACGGACGAUGUGGACGGGGGGCUGGACGGCGGCUCGCUCAGGGUGCUGACCGAGGAGCCUGUGGGCGGCCUGGCCGUCCUGAGCAGCGCCGCCACUUUCUGCUGCGGCGGACCAGAAGACAAGGAGAAGUCCUCAGAGAAGAGUCAGACUGAAGCUCCUCGAAGGCCGUCGGCGGGAAGUCUCGGGGGUUUGAUGUUUGUGCGACUGCGGGUUCAGUCGCCUGCGGGGAAGAAGAGUUCAGCUAAAACUUUACCCAGGAGGGACACCUGGCUCGCUCUGACACAAGAAAGCUCCGACGAGCUGCGUUCCUUCCUGCAGCUUCGCCGGCCAGACCUGCGUCUCCUGGACGGGGAGGAGGAGGCAGACCACGAGGAAGAAGAGUUCGUUCUCAUAGAGGACAGAGCAGAGGAGGAUGAAGAGAUGUUUCCGACGCUGCGCGGCUCCGGAGACGACUGGGAGUUGGUGUUGAUGGAGGAGAAUAAAGACAAGCUGGGCGCGAUGAUCGACAGGGAACCCGAAGGGGUCGGUAACGUCGUGGAGAACAGCCGCGUUCUGCAGGUUUCACAUGUCAGAGAGCUGUGUAAGGAGCUUCCUGCCAGGACGGUGGGCCGCGCCUGGCAGCUCGCUUACAGCACGUCCCGGCACGGCGCCAGCCUCAAGUCUCUCUACAGGAAGCUCAGCAGCACCGACUCUCCUGUGCUGAUUGUCAUAAAAGAUGCUCUGGAUGAGCUUUUUGGGGCCUUCCUGUCUGAUCCUCUGAGACCCAGUGAGACGUUUUACGGUACUGGAGAAACCUUCCUGUUCAUGUUGCAUCCUCGUUUUAAGAGCUUCAGGUGGACAGGAGAAAACUCCUUCUUCAUUAAAGGAGACCUGGACUGCUUCGCUGUUGGCGGCGGAAGCGGUCACUUCGGGCUGUGGGUCGAUGAGAACCUGUAUCUGGGCCGCAGCAGUCCUUGCUACACCUUCAACAACUGCUGCCUCUCUGAAACAGACGAUUUCCGCAUCAUGGAGCUGGAGGUCUGGACGUUCAGCUGAGGACACGGCUAUUCGCCCAGAAGAAACUCGUCUAUGUAGAUCACGUCUAUAUAGAUGUAUAUUACCAGACUGUCCUCAGCCAAACUGAGUGCUCUUAAUGUAAAUUAGCAUCCUCAUAUUGUUUUAUAAUUGGACAUUAAUACGUGUAAAUACAAUCCUGCCUUGUUAAUGCAUGACUAAUGUUAAAAUACGUACGAGAUCUGAGGAGUUCAUCUGCUCUUCAUCAGCGCUGAUCAUCAUGUCUGCGGUUUUUCGUCCAGCUGGAACAGAGACGAUGCGUUUUUUUCUGUUCUACGGUAAAACGGCAUCGAAACUGGACGAGCGUCAUCACUGCUGCUCAAGACUCUGACCGAUCUGCGUGGCUUACAUCAUUCAGUGGGUUAAUGCAUGGAAAUCUGCACAAUGUGAAUUUGAAUGGUUGUUUCAUGGAUCUGCACGGCUGGUAAAACGUUUGCUUUGACUCGUCAUCACCUGCACAGACGCCAUUUUGUUUAAUGACACCUACAAACUAUGUUUUGUUUAAGUUGGAGUUAUUAUAUACAAUGAAGUAUUACAGCCAUACUAACAAAAAAACUAAAAAAAAUUAUUUAUGAGUAAAGUCAUAGUACUAUGGCUUUAUUAUCAAUACUAUGAAUAAAGUACUACUAAAUUAGUUUAUUUCAAUCAUUUAUCGAUUCAUCUAUUCAAACUAUGAAUAAAGUCAUAGUAUGAGAAUAGUCAUAUUUAAAAAAUAAAGUAUUACAAAAAUGAACUCAAAACAAUUCAAGCCCAAUCAUGACUUUAUUCUCAUGACAGUUUUAUAUUGCAACUUUAUUCUUGUAUUAUUUUGAUUUUAUUUCAGUUUACUCUUAUUAUUAAAGGCCGUUGGAAUCAAAUUACGCGACUUGACCCUCAUAUUUUCAUUUUCUUAGCGUGGCCCUAAUGCUGUCGCACUUAUAUGACACAAUUUGGUUUAAAAGGCAAAACUUAAUUCACAGCUUUGAAUUUAUUGGUAAUUUUCUCUAAUCAAAACUCUUCCUCCUAAUAUUUGGUUAGACAUUUCUUUGCAGCUCCAGAGAAACGACACUUUUGCAUGGAAACCACAGAUUUCCAUGGAUUAACCCACUGAAUGAUGUAAGCCAGGCAGAUCGGUCAGAGUCUUGUAAAUCUGGAUGGAUAUUUGACUUCUCCUCCUUUAACGCUUGUGACCAGAACUGUUUAUUAGAUUGUUAAGGAGAAAAAUAGACUCAUUUGUAUAGAAAAUGUGUAUUUAUUAUGAAAAAAUGGCACUAAUAGUUCAGGGAAUAACUUGUUUCUCCAAAAGGCGUUGCACAGGAAACUGAAAUGACUUGGUUAAAGUUUUGGAAGGUUUGUAGUAACCAACUUGUUUUAUACUCAAAUGUAAAUUAAUCACAUAACUGAGGCAUGAGAUGAAAACAAAAACGUUUCUUGUCUAAUACAGUAAAGCAGGCUCUAUACCCAAAACAUCUUUACAGUUAACACAUCAGUUUUGUCUCCUGUAUGAAGCAAGUGGAAUAAACGUGAAACAA